GCGAGAUGCCCGUGCCGGGCGGAGGGGCGGGCCGUGGGGCGGGCCGCAGGGCCUUAGGGCGGCGGCGCCCGCGCUCGCGGGGAUAGUGGCGGUGCCGGAGGUGCCGGCGUGCGCUCGCCGCCAUGGAGGAGCUGGGCUCGCUGGCGGUGUCGCUGGGCACGGCGUGGCUCUCGCUGGUGUUCGCCCUCAUCGUGCUGCCCUCGGCGCUGGGUGUCUCGCUGGGCAUCUCCGAGGCCUACAUGUGGGUGCUGGUGAAGACGCUGGAGUGGGCCACUAUACGGAUUGAAAAAGGUGUCAAAAAGCCACAGCCACAGAUGCUGAAGAUUCCUGCUGCUAAUGGUAUCAUUGAAAGAGAUGAAACACCUAUGGAGAAAGAAAUUGCGGGUCUACAUCGAAUGGAGUUCCAAUUCUCCGACAUAUUCUAUUUCUGCAGAAAAGGGUUUGAGGCCAUUGUGGAAGAUGAAGUCACUCAAAGGUUUUCCUCUGAAGAGCUGGUUUCCUGGAAUCUCCUCACAAGGACUAAUGUCAACUUCCACUAUGUCAGCCUGAGGCUUACUGUUGUGUGGGUCAUUGGGGUUAUAGUGCGGUACUGCUUCCUUCUGCCACUCCGCUUUACUCUCGCUGCCAUUGGGAUUACCUCAAUGAUCGUGGGGACAACAGUGGUAGGACAGUUGCCAAACAGCAGUCUGAAAAACUAUCUGAGUGAAGUGGUGCACCUCACAUGCUCCCGGAUCCUUGUGAGAGCUCUGUCUGGAACUAUCCAUUACCAUAACAAGGAGAACAAACCUCAGAAAGGAGGCAUUUGCGUUGCCAACCACACAUCACCAAUAGAUGCGAUCAUUUUGACCAACGAUGGAUGCUAUGCAAUGGUUGGCCAAGUUCAUGGUGGAUUGAUGGGAGUUAUUCAAAGAGCCACCGUGAAGGCCUGUCCUCAUGUCUGGUUUGAGCGCUCAGAAAUUAAAGACCGCCAUCUAGUGACAAAAAGACUCAGGGAACAUGUGGCAGAUAAGAACAAGCUUCCAAUCUUAAUUUUCCCAGAAGGCACCUGUAUAAACAAUACGUCUGUGAUGAUGUUCAAGAAGGGCAGCUUUGAAAUAGGAGGGACAAUCUAUCCUGUUGCAAUCAAGUAUGAUCCUCAGUUUGGAGACGCGUUCUGGAACAGCAGCAAAUACAACAUUGUCAGCUACCUGCUGCGAAUAAUGACCAGCUGGGCCAUUGUUUGCCAUGUGUGGUACAUGCCACCAAUGGUGAGAAAGGAUGGAGAAGACGCUGUUCAGUUUGCCAACCGAGUAAGGUCAGCCAUUGCUCGCCAAGGGGGACUGACUGAACUUCCAUGGGAUGGAGGUCUGAAACGAGCAAAAGUCAAAGACAGUUUCAAGGAAGAACAGCAGAAAAACUACAGCAAGAUGUUAGUGAGAAAUGGAUCACAAGGAAGUCUGUCUGCAGGAACAGAGUCAGACUGAAAGGUGGUUCUUAUAAACAAGUAUUGUGCAACCAGCCUUAGCAGGAAUAGUGUUUUUCUUUUUUUUUAAUUAACACAAAAACAAAGUAACAAAAUCCCUUUUGUGUAUGCGUAUUCUCUGUAUGGCUGGUGCAGAGCCUGCUAACGGCAGUGUCUCCAUAUUUCUUUUCACUUCCCUGUUCCUCUGAAUUUUUGUGCAAUAAGGCACUGUAAGUCCUUGUAUUCUCCUGCAGAACAUGUGAAGAGUUAAAAGACUAAAGGGGUUAAAAAAACCCAAAAAACUACCACCUUUCUCCUGAGCUUGUAAGAAUAAAGGGAAAUACACUGAGUAAUGUCAUGGCACUGGUUGUGCAGAUAAUUCUUGUUUGUGGUUCUUGGAAGCUUUAAACAAAUUUCUUUUUCUGUUGCUCAGACUUUUCUAGUUGUGGGUUUCUUAAAUGUUUUAGGAUGAUGUCAGAACUGUAAUAUUUACUGCUUUUGUUAGCUUGCACCUGGAUGUGCAAGGGGAAAGGGGAGCAAGGACUGCAGAACUCAAAGGAUAGGAAAGGAGUUUGCCUUGUCAAAAGCGCAGUUCAAAGAUCGUGAGGAAUUUGGUGGCCUUAUAACAUGGAAUUGCCUUUAUUGAAAACUGUUUCUGAAGGGAAGGGGCAAGUCCUCAAUCUCCCUGUCCACUGCUGCUGUCAAAGUUGUUUUCUUUAGACCACAAACUAUAAAGAUUCAUUAUGCAGCUGGAUACCAUAGGCUUUGACAGAUGUAUUUUCAUGAAGUGGAUUUUCAGGACUACCCUUCUGCAAAAAUUGCUGCUAAUGACUGAAAGAUUUAAAGAGCCACUCCAAUUCAGCAAAACAUUUCUGGGCUAGCAAUAGCUACAGCUGUAAACAGAGGAUCUGUAAGUCAUCUAUGAUACAAGUGGCACAUUCGAAGUUGCAAUAUGUUGCUGUCUUAAUGUAAAGAGUUAAUAAAUUCUAUAUUUCUAA